UGGAAAUAAUUACAGUUGUCAAUGUCAGCUGGCAAAACAUUGGGCAACAAAAUUACAAAACAAGGUCAAUAAAUUGGAUUUUGUGAAAGUCAGUGAACUUUACAUACUAAAACAAGAUUAAUUUAAAAAGUUAAUAAUCAUCUCAGUACUAAAUUAUACCGAAGCGAAGUGUUAAAAAGAAUAUUACUUUAUGUUAUUUUAAUGACCGCAGACUGCGUACAUUUUUGUAAUAAUUAAAAGUUGUUGAUAAGGUUUAAUUUAUUGUAUUAUUACACAAUUAAAAAAAACUGACGAAAAUGUUGAAUUCCAUAUGUCGUCAGAACUCAAAGCUACAGCAAUGGUCAAACGUAAUAAGAUCAGCGAGUCAAAAUGCACAGAAACCGAAAACCGCUAUCCUCAUGCUAAAUAUGGGUGGACCCAAGACCACAGACCAGGUGUCAGAUUAUCUGCUCCGGAUUAUGACAGAUCGCGACAUGAUCCAGCUGCCAGUGCAAAGUAAGCUGGGUCCGUGGAUAGCCAGUAGGAGGACGGAGGAGGUGAAAAAGAAGUACGCGGAGAUUGGGGGGGGCUCGCCAAUAUACAAGUGGACAGACUUGCAAGGAACGUUGUUAACUAGAGCCCUAGAUCAAAUGUUACCGGAGUCGGCGCCCCACAAACACUAUAUAGCGUUUAGAUACGUACCGCCAUUUACAGAUGAAGCAUUGACCGAACUAGAGAAAGACGGCGUUCAAAGGGCAGUAAUAUUCUCGCAAUACCCACAGUACAGUUGCGCUACAACUGGAUCUAGUUUGAACGCGAUUGCGGAUUUCUAUAAAAAUAGGCAGCUGCCGAACAUAAAGUUCAGUCUGAUAGAGAGGUGGGCCACCAACCGUCUGCUGGCCCAGGUGUUUGCGGAGAGAAUCAGGGAAAAGCUGGAGUUAUUCGACAGGAGAAUCCGUGACCAAGUUCUUAUAAUGUUUACAGCUCAUAGCUUGCCUCUGAAGGCAGUGUCCCGCGGCGAUACCUAUCCUCACGAGGUGGCCGCAUCUGUAGCAGCUACUAUGGGCCAGCUGUCCGUGUCGAACCCCCACCGGUUGGUGUGGCAGAGCAAAGUGGGCCCCUUACCAUGGCUGCAGCCCUACACCGACGACGCUAUAAAGGCAUACGCGAAACAAGGCUGCAAACAUAUGAUCCUAGUGCCAAUAGCGUUUGUCAAUGAGCAUAUAGAAACUCUACACGAACUAGACAUCGAGUACUGCGAUGAGGUAGCUAAAGAGGCUGGAGUGACUCAAAUCGAGAGGGCAGCAGCUCCCAACGACCAUCCAACGUUCAUAGCGGCAAUGGCGGACGUGGUCGCCCAACACCUCAGCGUUGGUCCCGGUGUGUCCCGACAGUAUCUGUCCAGAUGUCCACACUGCGUCAGCCAAAGGUGUAAGUCGUCGAAAGAGUUCUACAAAACAUUGUGUAGGUUCGAAAACGAACCCGACUUAGCUGUGUCCAAGAUCUGAUAAUUCAAAAGUGAUAGUUGUAAAAAAAUAAAUGCCACACUUAAGGGGCUAUCCGUAAAUCUCAUCACAUGUAUAUUAUAAAAGCGAAAAAGUGUCUGUUUGUUUAUUUGUUUGUUACCUAUUGUUGUAUUGAUAUUUUAGCAUUUGAUAGCCUAAUUCUUGGAAACAAUACGGGCAAUAUUGUUUGAUGAAAAUUUUUCAAAUAGGAUGACAAGAAACUUCUUUCCCCCUCAUGUUAGACUUUGUAAACGCUGCUUGCAUACAUCUAUGACGUUACCAAGUAAUAAACAAACAACCCCCCCCCCCCCCCCCUUUGUGACACAGAAUGCUAACAUUGCAGACGCCCCUUACACAAAUUUAUGACGUUACGAACUUUGACACCACCCCCUGCCCCUCUUUUCACACCGGAUGGGCAAACAUUGACGUUAUAAGCAUCUCCCCCUCCCCUCUUGACAGAAUGAUACACAUUGCAUACAUUUAUGACUUUAUGAGCGUAGCCCCCCCCUCCCUCUCGCCCCUUCUCUCUAGACGCCCUGAAAAAUAAUCCCUGCAUGCAUGUGACAUUGCGAACCUUCCCAUACCCUGCACUUUCCUUACCUUUAGGGAUGCCCCUUUUUUAUUACCAUCAUCCCACCGUUGGGCGGAAUACCAUGCUGGGCAUUUAUUAAAUUUAUUACGUUUGCCAAGUAUACAUUAAGGCUGGUUUUAAAGUCACGCUGACCGUCGGCGCUGACAGGCCAAUAUGUAUGAUUACUUAUGAAGCGUUUUAGAAUAACACCGACGACUCAGCGCUGAGCACUGUCAGCGCUGAGCCACACGCGCGCGUACGCGCCACGCGUCGGCGCCGCUGAGCACGCGGCGCCGACGCGCUUCGGACCUCACUUAUCGUUACAGUGUUACAUAAAACGCACGUGCCGACGGGGACAGACGGGCGAAACAAUGAAUCGCGAUAUUGAUACUGGGCGUGUGAUUGAAGAAGUUCGGCUGCGAAAAUGUUUAUGGGACGCCAGUGACAUAUUGUAUAAAACAUGCGAAAGUAGUUAAAGAAUUUGAUUUCGUCAUCUCUUAACUGAUUGAACAAUGUAACAAAGGCCCCCACUAGCAAUCUUUCAGAAAUAAGUGGAUGAACUUGAAGUCUUUUUCUUCGUUGUUGUUGAAGUCUUUUCUUUUUCCAUAAAAAAUACACGGCAGCAAUUCGAACAAUCAUUUGAUUGGGCAUAUCUGUACUCCAUGACGUUCAGCACGAUACUAAAACGAGUUGCCGCAAACAGCUAAGCGCUGAGAGCUACGCGCGUAGUCCUCAGCGCCGACGGUCAGCGUGACUUUAAAACCAGCCUAAUGCAAAACGUGCAUUUACGAUUUACGUAUCGUAUGAGGUGUUUUGUAAAUAAUUCAAUUUUCGGUUGUAAUUUUGGUAUAGGUAUUUUUAA